AUGCGCAGUAUGUCUGGUGAUGGUGAUAGAAAAUCCUCAAAAGCUUGGCAGUUUUUUAAAGACCUCAAAAAUGAUAAAGCCAAAUGCAAUUUUUGUCAGAAAGAAUUUUCAUACAAAGGCGGUGGUGCUUACAACCUAAUCAGACACACAAAAAGCAAGCAUCCACAAGUGUUUGUCGCUAUACGUGAAUGUCCGAUUGAAAAUAUAGCUUCUUCUGCAACAGAAAUCCAUAAUUUGACAACACAUUCCACUGAUUCGAAGGCACCAGAACUUGAGAUGCCUACUGCUUCCACAUCUACUGCUUCAACUUAUGUCAUGCCUGAAACAUCUGAUUUCUUACCAGCCACCACUAAAAACACCAACCUAUAUAAAAAAGCUCCAGCCACUAACACGAAACUAACACAGUACUUUUAUAAACCGCUUUCUGCUAAAAAAACUGAACAUCUAAACAAAAUGCUGGUAAAAUUAUUCACAAAAAAUUACUUAGCCUUUCAUCUCAUUGAAUCCCCUGAACUCAAAGAUUUUAUUAAAGAAUUAAAUCCAGCCUACCAGUUACCUAGUCGUAAGACGUUAUCUAAUGCAUUGAUGACUAAUGUCUAUAAUCAAACAAAAGAAAAGGUUAAGUCAGAACUCUGUCAAGCAGAACAUGUGUGCAUUACAACCGAUGGGUGGACAUCAGCCCCCAAUGAUAAUUACUUAGCCGUGACAAUACAUUUUUUCAAUCAGCAAGCAGAAUUAAAAUCUUUUUUGUUGGAAUGUAUACAGUUUCCAGAUAGACAUACUUCAGAAAACCUAGCACUAGAACUAAAAAGAAUUACAGAUAAUUGGGAAAUUACUGACAAAAUUGUAGCAGCAAUCAGUGAUAACGCUUAUAAUAUCAAAGCUGCUAUAAGACUUAAUAAUUGGAAGCACAUACCUUGUUUCGCUCAUACUCUUAACCUUAUAGUCCAAUCUGCAUUAAAAGAAAUAAAAGAUAUUACUACAAAAAUUAAACAAAUUGUCGAAUUAUUUCGUAGAAGUCCACUUGCAUCUGAAAGAUUAAAAAAUAUGCAAAAGAAGCUAGAUGAACCCCUAUUGAAGAUAAAACAAGACGUUUCCACACGCUGGAACUCCACGUAUGAUAUGUUCGAAAGGGUGUUAAAAAUUAAAAACAGUGUUAUGUCCACAAUUGCUAUCGAUUAUCCCGAUACUAUAAAUAUGACUUCUGAAGACAUUGAGGUUUUGGAUUCGGCAAUAGAAAUUCUUUCAUUUUUCAAAGAUGUAACUGAGGAGAUGAGUUCAGAAAAGAAUGUUACAAUAUCAGAGGUUAUACUUAUAUCAAACGCCCUCAAAAAGAAAUGCCAAAAAUUUUUAUCUACGCCACAUCCGGACUGUGUUUUACGAAUGACCCAAGUGCUUUUAAAUGAAAUUAGCACAAGGUUUUCGUGCAUUGAGGAGAAUAAUAUUUUUGCUGAAAGCACUAUAUUAGAUCCAAGAUUCAAAAAAUAUGGGUUUGAGAAUGAGUACGCUUACAGUAAAGCAUGUACAAAUAUCAAAGCCAUGGCCGGGCGAAUUCAAAUACAAAGCACAUGUACAUCAGAGCCGCCAUCUUCGUCGCCAUCCCGUAAGCGUAAACAUAGCAUAUGGAAUGAGUUUGAUGAGCAAGUGGAUAUGAUAAUAAAAAAUAUUAAUCCGACUGCAGGGGGUAUUAUCGAAGUUGAUAAAUACCUCGAGGAACCCCUACUGCCAAGGUCCCAAGAUCCUGCCAAGUGGUGGUUCGUUAAAAAGGACGCCUAUCCUAGGCUUUAUAAGUUAUUUUUAAAACGGCUUUGUAUUGUUGCCACUUCAGUGCCUUCCGAGCGCACUUUCAGUAAAGCAGGCCAGGUCCUUACGGAGAGAAGGAACCGGCUUAGUGGCAACAAAGUCGCGCAAAUAUUAUUUUUACAUUCUAAUUUAUAA